AUGUUCACCCCUGAACUUGAAAGGCGCAGGGAGUUGAAACUUCAACAGGAUAAACAGUACGCAGCUGAUUUACGGCAGCAAAUAGCUGAGAAGGCUCAAAGAGCAGGCUUAAAUCCGCCAGCAAUUCAAUAUACAAAUCGAAACUCGCCAUCUUCAAGCGGAAUGCCUUCAGCAUCACCACCAUCGAAUAGGACAAGUACUGCGCUAGUUCCUUACGGAACUGCAAGGUCUUCUUCAAGUUUAUCAUAUCAACCUUUAGAUCCUCUUCCAGAUCUGCCUCAAACUUCGAUAGCACCUCUAAAUCUUGAAGUUACAACAUUUGCAAUCGAUACAAUCCCUGAUUUACCGCGUCCAAUCAUUCAUUCGAGUGCAAUCGAACCUGGAGCAUUUAGAGACCGUAUUUCAAGCAUACAAAGUCAGAUUGAUGAACAGAAAGGAGAUUACGUGAAAUCAAUGGAAACUGCGGAAAGAUUAAGAUCCAGGACUUUCCCUUCCAUUUCACAACUAAUUGCCGAACUGGAUGAUAUAUUAGACACAACAGUAUCAGGAAAAAUACCAAAUGCCUUAAAAUACGUUAAUGAUUUUACCGGACACAAUAAAGAGCAAUUAAAUGCCUCUGCAUCAAAUUUUUUCUCAUUAACAGAUGGUCUUAAAGAAUCUCUUGACGAUAAACUACGAAAAUCUCAACAAUUAGAACAUAAUAUCACUGAAUUUGGAGAUAAUGCGAAAAACGGUCUUUUAGACGUUCGCGCGGAAAUGGGUCGAACUAGAGAUGUUCUAGAUGCAAUUCUACAAAAAGCAAACAAGCUAGAAAAGAGAGAAGGCAACAUAAUUUCAGAACUUGCGAAAUACAACACAGAAUUCGAAAUUGUCGAUACUACAGCCUCUAACUCAUUUACAGAACUCGUUAGAAACAUCGUAGCAGUUACAAAAUCAGCUCCCGCACAACUUGCGGCCAGCAUCAGAGAAGAAAGUUCAGUUCGCGACCAAGCAGCAGCAACAAUCCACUUACAAGCCGAAGAAGUGAAUAAACGUGCCUCAGAGCGUAUAAAGGAGAUUCAGGAUACUCUUGCAGCCAUGACAGACGCGUUCAAAAAUUCAUUAGAAGAUUUAUCAUCAUCAAUAUCGGACGCCAUCACUCAAACUCAGAGCGAAACGGAGUCCUCAUCAGCGGACUUAUCAAGGCAGAUCGAUACUGUCAUUUCCGAAACAGAUUCGAAUAUGAAAUCCGUAACAAACGAAAUUGUAUCGACCAUUUCGGAGAUUAGAUCAAACUGCCAGUCAGCGCGAGAUUCCCUUGAGGAUUCAAUUGUAAUAGAAAGCUCUGUUUGUAGUCAAAAUCACAAAAAGGUCCUGGAAAAGUUCGACCACUUAAAGGCUGUAGUUAUUAAAGAGCGAGAAUUACAGGAAAGCCAUAUCCAAGUCAUGCUUCGCGAUUGCGUAAAGAAUAGUCAAGAUCAUAGAACAAGAUUGAUGCAACCAGCCGAUGUAAACAUCCAAUACAUCAAAGCCAAGAAGAUUGAUAUGGAUAGAAUCGAAUCAAACCUUGAAAGUCUUGAAAACAAGAUGAAUCUCCUGAGACAACAAAUAAAUGACUCUUUGAACUCUCUGAAUCGCUCAAUUGAUGAUACAAGACAUUACAUUAACGAGGCUAGAUCUAUGACUGUUGACUCCUUGGAGAUGUUCACAAAAGAUAUCGAUAAUUUGCAAAAUUUAGACAGAGAAAAGAUGGCGAAUAAAAGUGACAUUUCCAAUGAAGAAGAAAAAUUCAAUCAGGAAGUGGAACAGAGGGUUAACUUCAUAGAGAAACAAAUAAUGAUGGCAAUGCAGAAUCUAGGACAAUUGACAGCUGGUGGCGACGUUCAAGAGAAAGCGCAAAAUUUGCCAGCAACGAUAGCUUUGGAAAAUUUGGUCAAUGAAGAUCAAAAAGUGCCAAACCUUAAAGUUUCUGAUGAUGAACCCGUUGAAAUAAAGACUGAAGAGAACAUAGAAACAGAACAAAAUGAACAACAAGAACAACCAGAAACAGUCCAAACAAAGAAAAGAAGACAUCAUCAUAGAAGAAAAUAUGAUCUUGAUAAUGAAGAAACUAUUCUGCCUAAAAACGAAGAAGAAGAGGCAAAACAAGAGGUUGUUGAAGAAAAUAAUGAAGAUGAAGAAGAACAAGCCGUUGAAGACCAAAAUGAAGAAGAAAUUAUUGAUGAAGAGGAAGAAAUAGUUGAUAUGAAAGAAAAUGUACAGGAAAAACCUGUAGAAGUUGUUGAAUAA